AAUUUAUUAUUUUCCCUUUUUUUUUCAUUAUUUUUUUUCCUUUGGGAUCAUUUUACUAAUUUCAUAUUUGACCAAAUUUAUUUUUAUUCAUAUUUAUACGAGUCAAUUACAGUUCAAUCCGUUUAAGUUCAAUUCAUUUUCUCAAAAACUUUUUUGAUUAUUCACAAUGAAUUUAUUGAUUAUUUCAACUUUUAACUUCUUAACGAAUUUGCUAUGCCCUCAUAUACGAGUCAAUUACGAUUCAAUCCGUUUAAAUUUAAUUCAUUUUCCCAAAAACUUUUUUGAUUAUUCACAAUGAAUUUAUUGAUUAUUUCAACUUUUAAACUUUCUUAACGAAUUUGCUAUGCCCUCCCCACUUGCUUCUUUGAAUUUACAAGUAAGUUGUUACUAAUUUCAUUUAUUAUAGUAAAAACAAAUUUUUGGAUUAAUUGUCUUUAAAAUUCUUUUGAUCCAUUUGCCUUUGUUAUAAAUGGAAAAAUAUACUAUGAAUAUGUAUGCCGUACAACUGCGCCCUUUCUUCCUCACGCUACCUAGCCCCACCCCCCUAUAAAUACACUUCAACCCUUUAUCUGUUUUAGGAGUAGUUUUGGUGCAGUACAAUGGGGAAGAAUAAGAGCAGCAUCAAGAAUAUUGAAGGCGAGAAGAAGAACGAAGAACAGCACCAGGAGAAGAAGGAAGGAGGAAAGAAUGAACAGAACAAUCGAAAUGUGGUUUUGAAAGUGGAGUUUCAUUGCCAAGGUUGCGUCCGUAAGAUUCUCAAAACCGUUCGAAGCUUUGAAGGCGUGGAGAAGGUGACCUGUGAUAGCGAAGCCAAUAAGGUGACGGCAAUCGGAGAAGUGGAUGCAUUGAAGCUAAAGGAGAAGUUGGAGCGAAAGAUGAACAGGCCUGUACAACUUAUCUCUCCUUUACCAAAGGAUUGUAAGAAAGAGAAGAAGCAGAAUGAAAAUGACUCAAAGAGUAGCAAAGGAGACGACAAGAAAACCAAAGAGAAAGAGCCUCCGGUAACCACUGUGGAACUGAAAUUGCAUCUACAUUGCGAAGGAUGCAUCCAGAAGAUUCAAAAAACAAUAACUAAAAACAAAGGUUACAAGGAGAUGAAAAUUGAUCACGAAAAGGAGUUGAUGACAGUGACAGGUUCAAUGGACAUGAAGGAACUGGUAGAGGCACUGAAGAAGCAGCUGAAGAAAGAUGUCCAAAUUGUCCCGUCAAAGAAGGAAGGAGGAGAGAAGAAAGAAGGCGGAGGUGGAGGGAAGGGAAACGAAAAAGGGAAGGAUGGGCAAGGCGGCGGCGGCGGCGGCGGCGGCGAGAAGAGGGAGCAGUAUGAGUACCCGGAGCUGGAUGCAACUGCAAUUCAUGCUACUCAGCUUUUCAGUGAUGAAAAUGCUAAUGCUUGCAGUAUUAUGUGACAGUUUUAGAAAAAAAAAUGUGGAUGAAAAUUGUAAAUAACAAAAUAGGAAGUUUCGAUAUCAUUAUUGUUGAAUUGGCUUAAUUAUGAACACUUCCAUACCCUUUUUGCUAGUAAAACUUUUGUAUGAAUUGUUACUGACAUUAGUAUUAGUAGGAGAAAUAUUUUUAUAUUUA